CUCUUCCUCUCCUUUAAACCCAGCCAUGGAACCCAGUUCAACCAAGAAGAAACCAUAGCCGCCCACAUAAAAGCUUCAACCUUGUUCAAAACCCCAGUUGCUGUUUUAGCAGAAACAUGCGCCUUCUUCUUCACCGACCUCUUCACAAGCUUUCAGCCUUAUCCUCAACCACCUCUCGUCUCAUGGCCUCCAAGCAGCUCCUAAAGUCGACACCUUUCACAAACCCAUCUCCUCUUUCUUCACAAGCACACACCUUUCACUCUCAAAGGCUCGGUUUCCUUGCAUUUCCGACUAAACCCACCUCCAAAGCUCGCCCCUUUUGCCUCAGGACUAAUGGCUACUCUUAUGUCUCCACUGUCGAAGCCCCAAAACCAAUUGAGUUGGAGAUAACUGAUGAGAUGAGACGCGAGUCUUUGCUGAAAAAGUUGAAGGAGAUUAGCAUAGAUGACGAGUUAUGUAUACCAAUGCAGUAUGGCCAUUUGAUUUGUCCCAUGUGCAAAGGUGGUGAUUCAGAGGAAAAAAGCUUAGCGCUCUUUGUUGAACAAGAUUGGAGUUAUGCUACUUGGCAGUGCCACCGCCGAAAGUGUGAUUGGAAAGGUAGAACAAUGGCCUUGGCAGGAAGCAAGUCAUCUUAUACUAAAAUAAAGAAUAGCAGAACAGAUAAGACAAAAAGGGAUAUCACACUGGAAAGCUUAGGACUGGAACCACUUUGUGAGGAGGUUCUUGCAUUUUUUUCAGAGCGAGGAAUAUCAAGGGAAACAGUGAUCAGAAAUAAAGUAAUGCAAAAGCGUUGUUCCAUUACAGAUCAGAUUUCUAUUGCAUUUACUUAUUGGAGGAAUGGAAAGCUAAUUAGUUGCAAGUAUCGAGACAUCAACAAGAAGUUCUGGCAGGAGAAGGAUACCGAACGGAUUUUUUACGGGCUGGAUGAUAUAAAAGAUACAAAUGAUAUCAUUAUUGUAGAAGGAGAAAUGGAUAAGCUUGCAAUGGAAGAAUCUGGUUACCGUAAUUGUGUGAGUGUGCCUGAUGGUGCUCCUGCCAAGGCUUCUCCUUCCGAUAAGGAUCUGCCACCUGAAGAACAGGAUACAAAGUAUCAAUUCCUGUGGAACUGCAAAGAGUACUUAAAGAAGGAAUCACGCAUUAUACUUGCCACUGAUGAAGAUGGGCCCGGUCAAGCCCUAGCUGAAGAACUUGCCCGCCGCCUUGGAAGAGAAAGAUGCUGGCGAGUCAGCUGGCCAAAGAGAAGCAAUCAGGUUGAACACUUCAAAGAUGCAAAUGAGGUUCUCAUGUAUUUGGGACCUGCAGAAUUGAAGGAAGUAAUUGAGAAUGCUGAGCUAUAUCCUAUACGUGGAUUGUUCAGAUUUCAAGAUUAUUUUGACGAAAUUAAUGCAUAUUACUAUCGGACGUAUGAACAUGAUUGUGGUGUCAAAACUGGUUGGAGAGAUCUAGAUGAGUUAUACAAUGUUGUCCCCGGUGAGUUGACAAUAGUAACAGGAGUUCCCAAUUCAGGCAAGAGUGAGUGGAUUGAUGCUCUCUUGUGCAAUCUCUAUGAAAGUCAUGAUUGGAAAUUUGCACUUUGUUCUAUGGAAAACAAGGUUAGGGAGCAUGCACGAAAGCUGCUAGAAAAGCACAUACGGAAGCCUUUCUUUGAUGGACGCUAUGCUGGUCCUGCUGAACGAAUGAGUGUUGAAGAAUUUGAGCAAGGGAAACAAUGGUUAAAUGACACAUUUCACCUCAUAAGGUGCGAGGAUGAUUCCCUUCCAAAUAUCAAAUGGGUUCUUGAUCUUGCACGAUCAGCAGUUCUUAGGCAUGGAGUGCGUGGACUAGUAAUUGAUCCUUACAACGAGCUUGAUCAUCAACGUCCACCAAACCAGACAGAAACAGAGUAUGUAAGUCAGAUGCUUACGAAUGUCAAACGGUUUGCUCAGCAUCAUGCUUGUCAUGUGUGGUUUGUUGCACAUCCCAGACAGUUGCACCAAUGGGUAGGGGGUCCUCCUAAUCUUUAUGAUAUAAGUGGAAGUGCACAUUUCAUAAAUAAAUGUGACAAUGGACUUGUAAUUCAUCGCAAUCGGGAUCCAGAUGCUGGGGAACUUGAUAAAGUACAGGUUUGUGUUCGUAAGGUUCGGAAUAAAGUUGCAGGAACCAUAGGUGACGCCUAUUUGACAUAUGAUAGAGCAACUGGUCGAUAUGUGGAUAUUCCGAAAGAAAAUGAGAAGAAAUAGCAAAAUUACGUGAUCAAUCCGUGUACAGUGAGAAUCAUCUACAUCGGGGCAGUCUGGUGAGCUCACUGUGUGCCUUUUCAUUUCAUGAAACACCAUGAUGGAGACGACGGCGGCUCUGGCCAUGAUUAACAGUAGGUGAUUAAGCAGUGGGGAAUACCUUGUAAUUUUGUAUAUGUAAUAUUCCCAAUUAUGGGAUUGAUGUGAGAUUUAGUUUCAUGUCAGGUCCCAGACAAUGAAAUAGGAUCAAACUAAGAAUGUUGUACUAUUGCACCAGGAUCUUUCAAUUUGUAUCACAACAGUAUCUCAAUCAAUAGAGAUGUGGGGAUUUCAUCUU